AUGCCAAAGGUAAAUGAAGAAAAUGAAAAGGAAGCAGUCAAGAAGAAGGAACUGGGAAAUGAAGCUUUUAAAAAACAAAUGUUCAAUGACGCUUUGGGUCUGUACAAGGAAGCUAUAGAGCUUGAUCCUACAAAAAUUUCCUUCUACAACAAUGUGGCAGCUAUAUACAUCCAGACGAAGCAAUACGAUUCUGCCAAAAAAGUGUGCUUAGAAGCAUUGAAGAUUGGAGACAAAUUUGGUGCAAACAUCGAAGAAAAAUCUAGGUGUCUUGCUCGUAUUGGAAAGGCAUGUCUUGAAAUGAGAGAUUUGAAUGAUGCAAUAUGGAAAUAUGAGGAAGCACUUUCGGUAUUUGAUGGAGCCUCAAUUGAGAAGAUAAAACCAGGGUCUUUCUACAAAGAUUUCCAAAUAGAUGAGACUCUGAAGCUUGCAGCUGUCAAGAAGAAAGAAAUGGGACAUGAGGCAUUUUCCAGGGAAGAAUAUGAUACGGCACUUUUCUUCUACGAUGAGGCAAUCCAGAUGGAUCCGACACAAAUGUCAUUUUAUAGCAGCAAAGGGGCUGUUUACUUAAAGAAAAAGGAUUAUUUGUCAGCCAAGAACAUGUGCUCUGAAGCUGUAGAAAUUGGAAAAAAGUUAGGGGCUUGCAAUAGAGACCUAUCCAGAUCGCUGGAAUGGAUUGGAAAGGCAUGCUAUGCUAUGGGGGAUGUUUACAGUGCUGCCAGGAAUUACAAAGAAGCACUAAUACUGCAUAUAUGACGACAAAAGGUUGCAUAAAGAGCUUGAAAAG